CACAUGACUCUGGCUGUGAUCACCACGUUUAAAAACUUUAUAAAAAACUCAGCAAAUUCAGAGUGAUGGAAAUGACAAGGACCCCAAGGGACAUGAGAUACUAAUUAAUCUUACGACACAUGAUACAUUUCAUUAAAAUGGACAUUUGUGUAUCAUUUGCACAUACAAUUAAUAUUAGAUCAAUAUUCAAUUCAAAAUUUAGCAGGUUUGAAUAUCCAACAUCAGGCCCAGGGACAAGAGAUAUACUGCAAUAAAAAUAAUUUUUGUAUGUUACUAGUGAGUGUCACAAAAGUUUGCAAGCCAGAAAAAAGUUCAGAAGCCGCUAAUUGAAUAAACCCUUCCUGUCCUUAACCUUGUAAAGUCAUAUGGAAACAUUACAUUAUACUGGAGUAAUGCAAAUGUAUGAUUUCCAUGUGUUCCUAGUGUGUGUGUGUCCCUAAAUCCAUUUCCAUGUCCAUAUUUCCAUAACAGUUCAUUUGCCCACUUACUUACCGCAUUUGACGCGAGAGGCUAUAAGACUGGGGCUCACUCAGGCUGAGGGGCUAGUACACCUAGAAAGGUGUUCAUGAUCCACGAUGGCUCUCAACAUACCAGGUAUGAUCAUGAUGCUCGUGUUCUACUUGCUGGUGUUGGGAACCGGCAUCUGGGCGUCUGUCAAAUCUAAGCGGAUGGAGAAAAACACACACGGUAGUCGUGUAGAAGUUUCCUUUUUGGCUAACAGGAGUGUCAGCUUGGCACUGGGGGCAUUUACGAUGACAGCUACGUGGGUCGGAGGGGCCUUCAUCAUUGGAGUUGCAGAGUCGGUGUACGACCCCACCAAAGGUCUAAUCUGGGCUCUCGUUCCUCUGCAGGUCUCCAUUUCCUUUGUGAUCGGUGGAUUGUUCUUUGCAAAGCCAAUGAGGGAGAACAACUACAUCAGCAUGAUGGAUCCGUUUCAGAGAAAGUAUGGGAGACCACUGACUGCACUUCUUGCCAUUGUUCCUGUCAUGGUUGAAAUUAUCUGGGUUCCUGGAUUGUUGAUUUCUUUAGGGGCGACCAUGUCUGUGGUGCUGGAUCUGCCCUUCGGUGUUUGCGUGUGGCUCUCUGCUGCGGUGGCCAUCAUCUACACUGUACUCGGAGGUCUCUAUUCGGUUGCUUACACUGACGUCAUCCAGCUGUCUCUGGUGCUUCUUAGCUUGUGGCUGUGUGUCCCUUUUGUCUUUGCGAGCGAUGUUUAUACGGACAUCAGUAAAACAGCCUUCAACCACACGUCUCAGGCGUCCUGGCUGGGCCAGCUGGAGUCUGAUGAAGUGUGGAGAUGGAUAGAUCAUUUCCUAGUGAUGACUGUGGGCAACAUGGCCGUUCAGGACUUCCAUCAAAGGAUCCUCUCCUCCAGCUCCUCGUCCACAGCCAGAAUCAUCUGUUUCAUCGCAGCGGGUGGAGUCGUCAUCGCUGGACUUCCGUCGGUGUUGAUCGGCGCCGUCGCAGCUUCGACAGACUGGAACUCCACCUCGUAUGGUUCUCCUUCUCCAUACGAGCGAGGGGAGGGGGCCAUGGUGCUGCCCAUCAUCCUUCAGCAUUUAACCCCCACCUUUAUUUCUGCUCUUGGCAUCGGAGCUGUUGCUGCUGCAGUGAUGUCAUCGGCUGACUCUUUCCUCUUGUCUGCAACCACCAUCUUCACCACCAACAUCUACCAGACCUUCAGGAGUCAGGCUUCAGACAGAGAGCUGCAGUGGGUGAUCCGUGUCUGCGUCGUGGUUUCAGGACUUGUGGGAACUUCCCUCACCUACCUGGACGGCAGCAUCAUGGUGUUCUGGAUCCUGGGCUCAGACCUGACUUACACCAUUGUAUUCCCCCAGCUGGUCUGCGUCCUCUUCACCGAGGUGUCCAACGGGUACGGGGCGAUCGCAGGCUUCCUCGUUGCAGUGGUGAUGAGGCUGCUGUGCGGAGAGCCGUUGUUGGGCCUCCCUGUGAUCCUCAAAUUCCCAGGUUGCAUUUUAGAGGAUGGCGUUUACAUUCAGCGCUCUCCUUUCAAGACCAUCUGCAUGUUGUGUGCUCUGAUCUCCAUUCCCACGGUUUCCUAUGUGGCCUCACUCCUGUUCAACGAGGAGGUCCUGCCCCACAGGUGGGACGUGUUCGAGGUGAAGUCGCAGGGAGCACCAGCAGAUGGUGCCAGAGGUGAGAACAUUGCCUCUGAACCAAUGCUGGAUACAAAAUGCUAAGUUCAACCCGAGAGUUACUUUCCAACGAUUGUUUUAUUUCAUUAGUGGACACUUAUUGCUGGUAUGUGACUAUUUUAAUUACGGGGGACAUGCUUGUAUUUUGGGUUUCUCCUCUAACAUGUUGAGGAUGAAUGAGUUCAGUGUUUCAAUUCUGUCAUGUAGUAAAAACAAGGGAGGGGCAGGUUCUGUUCUGUCACUCCCUGCUUUGUUAGAGAUCCUAUUGUAUGCCUUCAUGUUGUACCUUUUCAUCCAUUUACUCGUCAUGAAAUAUUCCAAAGGGUGUAAAAGAGAAGAUGAAGCAGUGAAGACAGCAGGUGAACAACACUUGUAACAUCUGUUAUGCAAUUUAUUUGAUUAUUAUUAUUAUCCACACAUCAGGUUUCCGUCAA